AUGCCCUACAAAAGUUCCACUGAAUCCAGCCGACGGCGUGCGCGCACUCCUGUUGCUGCGCUCGCAGCGGCGGAUCACCCUUGUGGCUCACAAACACCGGCCGAUGCCGAAACGACGCGGCGGGCAAAGUCGGAUGUUCCAUCGCGCUUGCGGAUUCGCAGCCGUGUGGAAAGAGGUCUCCACCAAGAGGCGAAGAAGGCCCGAAUGGAGCCACGAACCGUUCAGUCUCAACACGAGGAGGAGUUGAGGUUGUCACGGGAACUCACUUUACAUUGCGACGCCGUCGUGCAAAGAGUGCAUGCCCUGGCAGACAAGACACAGAUUCAGGAGGAACGCCUAAGUCAAACGCUGAAGGAGAGUAUUGAACGUUCCCCGAUUCGACAGUCGAGCGUGUCGCCGAAGA